AUAAGGUAUCUGAUUCAGAUGGAAGAAGUGGACUAAAACGGUCAUUUCGUUGUGAAUUUAGGUAAUUCACAUUUUUGUGCACCUGUAGGGCCGGGUAUGGGGUCGAAAACCCUAUCUUUAAAAAAUACCACAUACUUGUUUUGAGUAUUGACAAGUACUGAUGUGUAAUUACAGGAUGAUAAAUGCCUAAUAACACUAACAGUAACCUUCAUUUUAAAUGAUAAACGCCGAUCAUCAAAACGGAGACGAACAACUCAAAAGAAACUUAAAAUAACCCUCGUAUCAACAACAUCCAACGGCAGCGAUCGUCUUUUCUUCUUGAAACACUUGAAAAAACACAAAACUCUGACUGCAUGAAUUUUUGUCGCAUGUCUAACCUACACAGGAAGAAAUUCUGAAAACUAUACUUGACGUAAAUAUUAAAUUUUACAUAAAAUAAAUUUUUGCACGCAAAAUUGUAAGCAAGUUCCAUACUGCAGACAACCUGUAAUUUUACAAUCCGAAGGAGAAUUGUGUUAUAAGCGACAGGCCCGUGAACAGAUGUGGCGCCAAGGGAGGUGUUAACUACGCCUGGUCGACCCGAUCUAAUUCUACACCACUGUGUAACACACACGGUGGUGAUCCAGUGACUGUAUGCGGGACGUCCAACGUGGUGGCAAAGAUACAAUAGACUGUCGGUUUUCAAUCAUAUUACAUCAUUGCUUGCGAAUUGUUUAGUAGUACGUUGCCGCUGCACAUUAUGUAAUCUUUUUUAGAUAUUAAUAUUGAGCCUAUCUAACUUAAUGAAUUUAUUUCCUAGAGUACGCCAUAAUUUCUACACUUGAGAGUGAAUUCGGUUUCAAUUAAGAUUUGUUGGGUGAUACAGUUUCGAAGGUGAGCAUACAUAUGCUGUAUAAGAUUAGGUGCAAUUUGUUGACAUUAUAACUUGUUGCUAUAUGAUUAGGAAUUAAUAGUUGAGCAAGAGGCCUGCAAGUUAAUCCUAGAAAAGACGUUGGCUGGUAUAGUUUGAAAGGGGUUCCACAAUCGUCCGACAAGGGACACUGUUGCGAGAGUUACGAUCUGAGGCUGGAUCACUAAGAGUAAGCUCGUUAUGAUUACGCAGAGGAGUAAGAAUGCUAAUGAAUUUGUAUUUUUAGGAAUUUUAUAAUUUAUCCCACCUUGAGAAUAAAUUCAUUGAAUUUAGGUCCAGUAUCCUCAUUGCCUUCGCAACAUUUUAUAAAAUUCUCUUAAAAUGUCGAGACAAUCAGCGGCUGUUGGAACGAAUACUGAUGGAACACCGCUACCUGGCCGCGUCGAUGGAUACGACCAUGGAGUUGCAGGGAUCACGGCCAGCGGCUCGAAUAGUACACCUUCUGUUGCCAUCGUACCCCCUCCUAGCACUGGAUUCAAGGUAAAUGUUGAUGUUGCCAAUAAUAACGUAAUCGGAGUAGCCGGUACAAGCUCUGGAAAUCCUGUCAAUAUCGGUCAAACAAACACCAUUGUCAACGCCGGUACCGCGAAUAACGUUAGAAGGAAUCCGUUACGCGAAGUUCGUAGGAAUGUAGAUUAUAGGUGUCAGUUGUGUGAGAUACGUGACAAUGAAGAAAUGGUGCAGUGUGAUGGUUUCGAUAGGUGGUUUCACUUCGUAUGCGUUCAUGUGACGGAAGACAUCGCCAAUGUAAGCUGGGUGUGUCCGAUUUGCAAAGCUUCUUCGUCUAUCGUGCCCCCCACCAAUGCCGACCGCAUAGCUGAUAGGCAGCGAAACGUAGCCUCCCAAAGGAAGACCACAUCAUUACGGUCGAACAGCAAGGCCAGCUCAAGAAGCGAAGCGAGGCGGUUAAGAGAACUGGAGAUGAAACAACUGGAGGACGAGUUUGAGUUAGAAAAGCGUUUCUUGGAGCGAAAGUAUAAGCUUCUGAAAGAGUGUGUAAGCGAAACAUCGUCUGUGACUGAGGAAAGUGCUGAAGGAAAGCUAUCGAAAAUUGAAGAAUGGUUAGCCGAAACAGAGCGUCACGGUGAGGCCGAGGAUUCUGGAUUAGUAGCGGAAGUGGCAAAUGAGCAAACCCCGAACAGUUCGGGCGAACUCGAGGAGCACCACGCUCUGGAGGUCCAGCGUAAUCUAUAUCCAUCAAUUCUCCGAUCAAACCGGUGCGACCAACGCCUUUCGGGAAAUUUACCCUUUUCGUCGGUACAGCAGCCGAUUCAACAAGAUCAUCAGGCUGCGUUUGCGUCCACGCGUCCACAGUACAACCGUCUCUCGCAAGGAGUGCACUAUGCGAACAGCACCCAGCUGAAUGCCGUUCACACACUUCGACAGAACGAACGUUGCCAUGUUGGAGGUAACCAGGGACAUUCCGUCUACCCUCAGAGUCAACCGAGAGUCGUGCUUUCGUCGCAACCAGAAAGGCAAUGCGGUCAACAUUCCAGAGAACUUCCAGUUGGACAACCAUUUCGCCAACCGUCAGCUAGGAGAGAAUUUGUCCCGGCGAUGAAUCCAAAUCAAGUGAGUGAAUUUGUUCCAGGUCAACGUUCGACACCAAUUAGAUCAGCUCAGCAGGAUUCAGGUUCACCAGCGUUGGAUGACGAGACCGUCUGCAUCCUCAACAGAAGUCAAAUUGCAGCGCGACAGGCGGUGUCCAGGGAUCUGCCAGAUUUCGAUGGCUCAUUAGAGGACUGGCCACUGUUUUAUGCCAUGUUCAACUCGUCUACGCAGAUGUGCGGGUUCACAAACGAGGAGAACAUGCUCCGACUACGCAAAUGUCUCAAAGGGAAAGCAUUAGAAGCGGUGAAAUGUGAGUUGCUCCAUCCGUCGAACGUGGCGGAUAUUUUAUCGACGUUGAAGAUGUUGUACGGCCGGCCAGAGGCAAUCAUCCAGUCGAUCGUCAAAAAGAUUAGACAUUUGCCUCAACCGAAUACAGAUAAACUUGAGUCACUAGUGAACUUUGCGUUAACAGUGAAAAACAUGGUCGCCACGGUUAGAGCUUGCGAAGUCAACGACUUUAUUUUCAAUGCGUCACUUCGUUACGAAUUGAUCGAACGCCUUCCGGCAACUCUGAAGUUAGAUUGGGCAAGGUUUGCUCGGAAUUAUGCAGAUCCUAAUCUAGCGGACUUUAGUACCUGGUUAUACACCAUAGCUGAAGACGCAAGCACCGUGAUGGCUACUUCAGGCCAGGAGCAAAGAACUCGAGGAAGUAAGAAGGAUGGCUUCCUGAACUUCCACUCCGAAUCGGAAGAGAACGAUGAGAAUGCAAUUCAUUCGCCGAGCAAGCUGAUAUCUGCUUCAACUCAGAGCCCCAUCAGAGAACCGUGUUUGGUGUGCAAGGGAAGUUGCCCUGCUAUUGCCAAGUGUAGCAGAUUUGUCGAUUUCAACUACGAGUCGAAAUGGGCGACAGUGAAAGAAUGCAAGCUUUGCCGCAAAUGUCUACGAAAGCAUAAUGGUUCCUGUAAGCAGCAAAAGAAGUGUGACACGAAUGGAUGUGCAUUUCUGCAUCAUCCCCUUCUCCAUAAACCAGAUAUCCAGAACUCCAAAUCUUCUGGAUCGUUAUCAGAGCCGACUGAACCCGAGCCAAGCUGUAAUGUGCACCAAGGACAGUCUGCAGUGUUGUUCCGCAUCGUCCCGGUCAUACUGUACGGACCAAAGAAGACGAUACAAACAUAUGCAUUCAUAGAUGACGGAUCUGAGCUCACCCUUAUUGAGAGCACUCUUGCCGAAGAACUAGGUGUAGAGGGGCCCAAAAAGUCGCUAUGUUUGAAGUGGACUGGUGGAACACGUAAAAUUGAGAAUGAAUCACAGCAAGUCAACCUAAAAAUAUCCGGAGUAAACAGCGAAGCGACAAAGUUCGAUCUUUUAGGAAUCAGCACUCUAUCCUCUCUACAGAUUCGUCCUCAGACGAUGCUAUUCCCUGAACUGGAAAAACGAUUUUCACAUCUUAAAGGCUUGCCCCUCGAAACGUAUCGGGAAGUCAGCCCACGACUUCUAAUUGGAUUGGACUACGCCAAUCUCGGGCACAGCACAAGGAGCCGAGAAGGAAAAUGGAAUGAGCCUAUCGCCGUGAAAACUCGUUUGGGGUGGAUGAUCUACGGGAACUGUUCUGGAAAAGCUGAUGCUGUUGCAUAUACAAACUACCAUAGUGUGCAAAAGUGUGAAUGUAAUCAAGAAUUUGAUGACAGUCUCCACAAGGCUAUGAAGUCCUACUUUUCGUUGGAUAGCAUGGGAAUCGUCAAACCAAACAAGCUAAUUCUUUCUCAAGAAGACCAGCGGGCACAAGCGUUGUUAGAGUCAUUCACACGUCGAACGAACAAUCGCUACGAGGCCGGCCUUCUCUGGCGAUACGACAAAAUUAGGCUGCCAAACAGCGAAUCAAUGGCUGUUAGGAGGUGGAAGUGUUUGGAAAAUCGGAUGAAUAAGGAUCCAACUCUAGCUGAGGCGCUCAAGCAAAGGAUUAAUGAGCAUAUCGACAAGGGAUACGUUAGAAAGCUGACUUCCGAUGAAAUCAACGAACCACAUGCACGAGUCUGGUAUCUACCGGUUUUCGCAGUUGUAAAUCCAAACAAACCGGACAAGAUACGGGUAGUAUGGGACGCAGCGGCUUCUGUGCAUAACGUUUCCCUAAAUUCUGUUCUCUUGAAAGGACCCGAUCAACUGACGUCGCUUUUAUCUGUACUGAUUAGAUUUCGUGAGCACCGAGUAGCAGUUUGUGGUGACAUUAAAGAAAUGUUUCAUCAAAUACAGAUACGCAAAGAAGAUGAACAUUCUCAACGAUUCCUGUGGAAGAAUGAUGGUGAAAGUGAACCCAGCAUUUACGUCGUUCAGGUAUUGACCUUUGGUGCUUGCUGCUCUCCAAGUAUUGCCCAACAUGUGAAGAACAGCAAUGCAAGACAGUUUGAGCAAGACCAUCCAGAAGCAGUCGAGGCUAUAAUCAAACGACACUACGUCGACGACAUGCUCAUUAGUGUGGAAACGGAGGAACAAGCUGUAAAUCUGGCCCAAGAGGUGAAGGAAAUUCACGCGCACGGUGGCUUUGAAAUUCAUCACUGGAUUUCUAACUCCACAACAGUUCAAGCUGCACUGACAGAGACGGCUUCAAACGAGAAGAAUUUGGACAUCGGGGAGACAGAUACAACCGAAAAAGUUCUCGGGAUGUUUUGGAACACAUCAACUGAUUGUUUUACAUACAAAAAAUCAUCCAGGUAUGACGAAUACUUGUUGUCAGGCAGCCGCCGACCGACCAAACGUGAAGUACUUAGAAUACUCAUGAUGAUUUUUGAUCCAAUGGGCUUCAUAGCACAUAUACUGAUGUUCCUGAAGGUACUCUUGCAAGAGAUUUGGAGAACACCUGUCGGCUGGGAUGAUCCCAUUGAAGACACUCAGUUCGAAAAGUGGAUGACGUGGUUAUCCGUCUUUCCUAAGAUGGAAACGAUUGAAAUACCGCGCUGCUACCGAAGUGUGACGUCAAUUCAAGCGCUAGUUGAAAUGCACACAUUCGUUGAUGCGAGUGAGAACGGGUUUGCGGCUGUUACCUAUCUACGAUUCCAGGAGGGAAAUAUUGUCGAAUGUGCACUAGCGGGAGCAAAGACCAGGGUAGCUCCGCUAAAAUUCUUAUCAAUUCCACGCUCCGAACUACAAGCAGCUCUUCUCGGUGUUCGGUUGGCGGACAGUAUAAUGGCAUCUCUCUCAAUCACGAUAAGCAAGCGACAUUUCUGGACAGAUUCCAAAGAUGUUCUCUGUUGGCUGAAAUCUGACCAUCGCCGUUACAGCCAAUUCGUUGCCUUUCGGGUGAGUGAAAUUUUGGAAUCGACCGAGAUAAACGAAUGGCGUUGGAUUUCAACAAAACUAAAUGUAGCCGAUGAAGGGACAAAGUGGUCAAGACUGCCGGAUCUAUCGUCCGACAACCGUUGGUUCCGUGGACCAGAUUUUCUUUGGCACGACGAGGACUCGUGGCCAGUCUCUCCCAGUUUUGGGGGUUCGACGGUUGAAGAGCUACGCCCACACCUUCUUAUUCACACAACCGGAGCGGAGCCAAUAAUCGAUCCACACAAUUUCUCCAAGUGGUCUCAUCUGCUUCGACGAACCGCUUACCUCUACAGAUUCAUCGGAAACCUAAGACGAUCCACUAAAAUGGAGCCACGUUUCAAUGGUCCACUAACUCAGGAAGAGUUCGUUAAAGCUGAAAACUACUUGUUUCGCCAGGCACAAUCAGAAACCUAUGCAGAUGAAAUCGCUGUUCUGACUACAAAUUGCACCAACAGCUCAUCGAAGCGAAUCAUUCGAAACAAUCCAUUAUUCCGUAGCGCUUUCGUUGACGAAAACGGAGUUAUUCGGAUCCACGGACGAACUCAAGCAUGUCCAUUCGUCAACCGUGAUGCUGCCAACCCUAUAAUACUACCGCGGCAACACCGUAUUACAUGGUUAAUCGUAGCCGACGCUCAUGAAAAGUUUAAUCACCAGAACCACGCCACGAUCAUCAACGAGCUUUUGCAGCGUUACCGAAUUCCUCAAAUCAAGGCUACAUAUCACACGGUUCGUCGAAAUUGCCAAUAUUGCAAAAUCCAAGAGGCAACCCCGCAAGCACCAUUGAUGGCCGACCUUCCUCAGUCACGUUUAGCAGCUUUCAGUAGUCCUUUCACCUACAUGGGAGUGGACUAUUUCGGCCCAAUGCUAGUCUCAGUUGGUCGUCGCUCCGAGAAACGGUGGGGGGUUCUCGCCACAUGCUUAACCACUCGCGCCAUUCACUUGCAAAUCACUCACACACUGACAACCGACUCGUGCGUUAUGGCAAUCCGGAACAUCAUGGCUAGGAGGGGAGUUCCCGCUGUCAUAUACAGCGACCGUGGAACCAACUUUCAAGCUACCAGCAAGGAACUAAAGUUCGCAAUGCAGCAGCUCGACCACGACCGACUUGCAAAUGAGUUCACUUCAAGCCACACUCGCUGGUCUUUUAUCCCACCUCUUUCGCCUCACAUGGGAGGAGCGUGGGAACGGUUGAUCCGUAGCGUUAAGCAAAAUCUUGCUGUGUUGCAACCCAGCAGACUACCCACCGAUGAAGUUUUACAAAACGCAUUCAUAGAAGUGGAGAACAUCGUGAACUCUAGACCACUAACUGAUAUUCCGGUAGACAAUGACGAUUCGCCCGUGUUGACGCCUAACCACUUCUUGUUAGGUUCAGCAAAUGGCCUGAGGUCAUGGGUUCCAUUUGAUGAUAGUCCCGUGACCCUCCGAAACUGCUAUACCCAGUCCCAAGCCAUGGCAAACGUAUUCUGGAAGCGGUGGUUACGAGACUAUCUGCCAACAAUUACACGAAGGACCAAGUGGUUUACACCGGUCAAACCAAUCACCGUUGGAGAUAUCGUCAUCAUCGUUGACCCGAAGUUACCCCGAAACUGUUGGCCAAAGGGCAGAGUCAUUGCUACGCACAAGGCUCCAGAUGGUCAAGUCCGUCGUGCCACCGUACAGACUGCGUCCGGUGGAAUCUACGAGCGAUCAGCAGUAUCGUUGGCUGUUCUCGACGUCGGCGUUAGAGGAAAUACGCAGCCCGGGAGUCCAUUGCGCAUUUCGGGGGGGACUGUUAACUACGCCUGGUCGACCCCAUCUAAUUCUACACCACUGUGUAACACACACGGUGGUGAUCCAGUGACUGUAUGCGGGACGUCCAACGUGGUGGCAAAGAUACAAUAGACUGUCGGUUUUCAAUCAUAUUACAUCAUUGCUUGCGAAUUGUUUAGUAGUACGUUGCCGCUGCACAUUAUGUAAUCUUUUUUAGAUAUUAAUAUUGAGCCUAUCUAACUUAAUGAAUUUAUUUCCUAGAGUACGCCAUAAUUUCUACACUUGAGAGUGAAUUCGGUUUCAAUUAAGAUUUGUUGGGUGAUACAGUUUCGAAGGUGAGCAUACAUAUGCUGUAUAAGAUUAGGUGCAAUUUGUUGACAUUAUAACUUGUUGCUAUAUGAUUAGGAAUUAAUAGUUGAGCAAGAGGCCUGCAAGUUAAUCCUAGAAAAGACGUUGGCUGGUAUAGUUUGAAAGGGGUUCCACAAUCGUCCGACAAGGGACACUGUUGCGAGAGUUACGAUCUGAGGCUGGAUCACUAAGAGUAAGCUCGUUAUGAUUACGCAGAGGAGUAAGAAUGCUAAUGAAUUUGUAUUUUUAGGAAUUUUAUAAUUUAUCCCACCUUGAGAAUAAAUUCAUUGAAUUUAGGUCCAGUAUCCUCAUUGCCUUCGCAACAGGAGGGUUUUUUCCCAGUUU